GAAGUUCUUGCAAUAAUGGGACCUUCAGGAGGCGGUAAAAGCACUCUGCUAAAUAUUCUUAGCGGAAGGAUCAAACUUCACAGUGGCAUCAUCACUUACAACGACCAACCAUUUACCAAAUCACUUAAAAAGAGGAUUGGACUUGUGAUGCAAGAUGAUGUUGUAUUCCCCCACCUUACAGUCAAUGAAACUCUAACAUAUGCCGCUCUGCUCCGGCUUCCCAAUACCUUAACCACACAGCAGAAGAAAGAACGAGCCUCUAAUGUUAUUAGCGAGCUAGGCCUGGAAAGGUGCCAAAAUACACUGAUUGGAGGGAAAUUUGUGAGAGGGGUUUCUUGUGGUGAGAGAAAAAGAGUGUGCAUUGGCAAUGAAAUCUUGCUGAAUCCAUCACUUCUGUUCUUAGAUGAACCAACGUCAGGGUUGGAUUCAACAACCGCUCUAAGAAUUGUACAGAUGCUACGCGACAUCGCAAAGGGCGGCAAGACGGUGGUGACGACAAUACAUCAACCGUCCAGUAGACUCUUCAGUGAGUUUGACAAACUGAUACUGUUGGGUAGAGGGAGUUCUUUAUACUCAGGAAAAGCUUCGGAAGCUAUGCCAUAUUUCUCUUCAAUCGGUUGUUCUCCUCUCAUCGCCAUGAACCCAGCAGAGUUUCUAAUCGAUCUUGCAAAUGGCAACAUAAAUGACAAAACAUUUCCAUCGAAAAUAGAGGCCAAUUUGCUACCUGGAAGCCAGAGUUAUCAAAAUGGAGGGCCCUCUCCUUCUGAUGUUCAUGAGUACCUUGUGGAGGCCUAUGAAGCGCGAGGAGCGAAAACCGAGAAAAGAAAUGUCUUAAAACCUGUGGUGGUCGAAGGUGGGAUGGAGAUGCAGGAGAAGUUAAAUUGCAGGGAAAGUGAAACAACUUGGUGUGAACAGUUCUCAAUUCUCUUGAGGAGAGGCCUUAAGGAGAGACGUCAUGAGUAUUUUAGUUGUAUCCGUGUGACACAAGUUAUCUCUACUGCUAUAAUAAUUGGCCUACUUUGGUGCCGUUCUGAUGCUUCAACUGCCGAGCGACUUCAGGAUCAGGCAGGGCUGUUGUUCUUCAUUUCAGUGUUUUGGGGCUUUUUUCCUUUAUUUACAGCCAUUUUCACAUUCCCACAAGAAAGAGCAAUGCUAUCAAAGGAAAGAUCUGUGGACAUGUACAAACUCAGUGCCUAUUUUUUGGCAAGAAACACUAGUGAUCUUCCUUUGGAUCUCAUUCUGCCUGUUAUGUUCCUUGUGAUAGUCUAUCUUAUGGUGGGGUUGAGGCCAAACUUCGCCGCCUUUUCUCUGACAAUGCUCACAGUUUUCCUCAGCAUUAUAGCUUCUCAGGGUCUUGGACUUGUCUUGGGUGCAGCAUUCUUGGAUGUGAAGAAAGCAACAACAUUGGCAUCUGUUGUUGUUAUGACCUUUAUGCUUUCUGGUGGAUACUUUGUCCAGCACGUUCCAUAUUUUAUGACAUGGGUGCGCUACAUUUCUUUCAAUUAUCACUCGUACAGGCUACUCCUGAAAAUCCAGUUCAAUUGCUCAGAUUCAGGUCCUUGUGAUUCUCCCUUCAUCAGAGAACUGAGACUCGAUCAGGGUGGCUUAGAAGUGGGAGCUCUGGUGGCCAUGAUCGUAGGGUAUCGGUUACUGGCCUACUUAUUCUUAAGAAGAAUGAAAUUACAGACGGUGGCUUAGAUUAUUGUAUAUUGGCUCAAUUAUAUGUAGAAGACGUCUGCUUGAUAAUAUUUAUCUCAUUCAACA